UCUCUUUAAUACUUGACUCAUAAUUCAGAAAGCCAUUUUUCUUUCCAUCACCACCAUUGCUCACAAUUCAUUCCACCCUACUAUUGUCUUCUUCCAUCCCAGGCCUCUUGAGAUUAGAUCAGUUGAGAUAAACAUAUGGAGAUCAAUCACUUUAGCCAUCACCAUCGUUUGGUGCUCCUGGAUCAAGAAACGGGUAUUGAUCAAAGCCCAAAACAUUAUUGCUCUGGAUGCGAGGAAGCUGUGGAGGGAUUCACCUACGGCUGUGGCAAGUGCCGUUUUUUCCUCCACAAGAGAUGUGCUGAGCUACCAGGCGAGAUCAAUCACCCCCUCCACCACGAACAUCCUCUUGUUCUUUCUGUUACGCCCUAUGUGCCCUUCAGAGGUUUUAUUUGUGAUCUAUGCCAAAGGAGUACGAAGGGAUUUGCUUACCACUGUUCUUCUUGUAAGUUUGACCUUGACAUUAGAUGCGCUACCCAUCCAGAACUUGUUGCUGGAGAUUUUCAAAAGCUUCAUCAUUUUAGCCACGACUAUCCAUUGAUCUUUGUUCAACAUAUUGAUUCUGAAGAAAAAAAUAAAAUUUGCCCUGGAUGUGAGAGAGGCAUAUCAAGUCCUUUCUACUGUUGUCCCGAUUGCAUAUUUUACCUCCACAAGAGAUGUGCAGAGCUACCUCUUGAGAUCACUCACCAUACCCACCAAAAACACCCUCUUUUUCUCUUAGCCAAAUCCCCACUACAUGAGGACAUGUAUUAUAAGGGAUUUGUUUACUACUGCUCUAUUUGCGAGUUUGGCAUCCCGAUCAGGUAUACUUUUGUCCAUGAACAUCAAUUGGUGGUUGUGGAAGAGACGAGCACAGACGAAAGUGCAAAAGCUUCAUGCUCCAGAUGCAAGGAACCAGUACAGGAUUCCUCCUCCUCUAGCUGUGGCAAGUGCCGGUUUUUCAUCCAUGAGAAAUGUGCUGAGCUACCACUUGAGGUCAGUCAUCCCUUCCACCUCCAGCAUCCCCUCAUUCUUCACGAUAAUAAAUGGAGAAAAUGUAAUAUGAGGAUGCCGGAAAAGUCAAGCUCAGGAUCUGGUGAGAAGUACGAUAGAUGGAAGAUGGGUAGAGAGGAGCAAUCGGGAGAUCAAGAAACGGGUACUGAUCAAAGCCCGAAACAUUAUUGCUCUGGAUGCGAGGAAGCUGUAGAGGGAUCCACCUACAGCUGUCGCAAGUGUCGUUUUUUCCUCCACAAGAAAUGUGCUGAGCUACCAGGUGAGAUCAAUCACCCCCUCCACCGCCAACAUCCUCUUGUUCUUUCUACUCCGACUUAUGAGCACGUCGGAUCGAUUGUUUGUAACCUAUGCCAUAGGGAAACAAAGGGAUUUGUUUACCAAUGCUCUUCUUGUAAGUUUCACCUUGACCUUAGAUGUGCUACCCAUCCACAACUUGUUACUGGAGAUUUUCAAAAGCUUCAGCAUUUUAGCCACGACCAUCCAUUGAUCUUUGUUCAACAUAUUGAUUUUGGAGACAAAGAUCAAGUUUGCUCUGGAUGUAAGAGAUCCAUGUCAAAUCCUUUCUACUGUUGUCCCGAUUGCAUGUAUCACCUUCACAAGAAAUGUGCAGAGCUAUCUCUUGUGAUCACUCACCAUACCCACCAAAAACACCCUCUUUUUCUCUUAGCCAAACCCCCACUACAGGAGGACGUGUACCAUGAGGGAUUUGUUUACUACUGCUCUAUUUGCGAGUUUGGCAUCCCGAUCAGGUAUACUUAUGUCCAUGAACAUCCGUUCGAGUGCAACUAUUUUGCUCAUGUAAAUUGCGCAAUUGAUGAAGAUCUUUUGGAAGAAGAAGAAGAAGAAGAGUCUAAACUAUCAACAUCAGAUGACUCAACUGGUGAUGUUUCUUGUGCUUUUACAGAAAUCAAACCUGGAGAGAUAGAACAUUUUGCCCACGAACACAACUUAAUAUUCAAUGAUCGUGGGUUUAAGGAUGGCCAAAGUUGCGACGGCUGCAUGCGUCCCAUCGCUACUUCAUUUUACUAUUGUGAGGACUGUGAUUUCUUUAUCCACGAGGGCUGUGCUAAGUUAUUGAAGAAGGUACGUCACUGGGCCAGGAAACAUUCAAUGGAACUCUUUUUCUAUAUCAUUUUUGAAUGUGACUAUUGCGGGUUUUGGAAUAGUGGGUUUGGCUACAAAUGUGAUGAAUUUAACAUGACAAUGUGCAUUCGGUGUUAUGAAAUUCUGGACACUUGUACUGUUGAAAGACAUGAGCACCCCCUUUUCUUUGACCACAAAUACAAGGGGAGCUGUUGUGGUUGUGGUUCUAAACUUAUGGGUGGUUUUCGAUGCAAGGACAAGAAAUGCAAAUUUGCCAUAGAUUACAGGUGCCUUGUGCUGCCUGACACAGCCCGUUAUAAAUAUCAUAACCAUCCUCUCAUGCUUACUUUCCGUGAUGAUCAUCAUCGGAGCCAAUGUUAUUGUGACAUAUGCGAAGAAGACAGAGACCCGAGACAUUGGUUUUAUCAUUGUGCUAAUUGUGAUGUUUCGGCUCAUCCAAGUUGUUUGCUGCGGAACUCUCCAUAUGUCAGGCUCGGUAAACCAGGCAGGUAUGCUGGUCAUCAUCCUCAACAUCUUGUCACUUUUGUGAAGAUAGAUUUUAAUCCUCCUAAAUGCAACAAGUGCGAUAAGCCUUGUAGGGAUGGGCUAGCCAUUCAAUGCACAGAGUCAGAUUGCAACUACAUAAGGCACUGGGACUGGUAUUGUUUAUUCCGGGAAUAUUCUACAUACAGAUCUCUAAAGAGCUGAGCCUGGUAUUGUUCUCUUCUUAUCAUGAUAUUAAUGAGACGUCUCAUUUGCAGUUCUUUCCUUUCACUUAAUUUUGAGUAUGCUGUUUCUAUUUGGGAUGUGUUUGGACUAGUGUCUAGCACUUCUAUUUGUUGCAAGCAAAUAUUGGAUGUGACUAUUUGUUGAAGUUUAAAUAUAACGAUUUAGUUGUC